UUGAUAUCAAUUAUUCUCACAAUACAACUUGUCAAGGAAGGAAAUUUAAGAAAAUCACAUAGCACACACACACAAAAAAUGUAAAUGUUAUUUCAGCUUAGUUAGUAGUACUGUUCAAAAGUAACAAAAGACUCUGCCUCGUUCCAACACUCACCUUCCUUUGCAAUGGCAAACCAAUUCUCAGUUAUCAGCCCUUCCUAUUGUGCUCCUUAUGCUCUCAAUCUACAAAUUAAUACAGAGAAAGGUGUCACUUACGACAUAAACGGUAACCCUGUCUUUUAUGUAAAAGAUGCUUUAUUCACUCUUCACGAUCGUCGUGUCUUGUAUGAUAAUCAAGGAAACUCCAUCGUAACUCUAUACAAGAAGAAUAUGACGUUGCAUGGGCGAUGCCAAGUUUUCAAGGGUAAAAGCAACGAUUCCUCUGAAUUGCUCUUUUCGGUGAAGAGAUCGUCAAUGAUCCAGUAUAGUGUGAUGAAAUUAGAUGUCUUCCUCGCUAACAACAGAAAUGAAAAUGUUUGUGAUUUUAGAGUCAACUUUUGUAGAGAUAAAAGCUCAUGCAUUGUUUAUGCUUCUGAAUCUCCUACAAUUGUUGCCACGAUGCAGAUUAAUGGCGGCCUCAAUGUUUUGGUCUAUCCCUACGUGGACUAUGCAUUCAUUGUGGCACUACUUAUGAUUGUUAACGAGAUGAAAGAUUAUUAUGAUGAACUGAUGGAUGUGGCCUUAGGAGUGACAUUUGCCGCAUUGGGUAAUAUAAAUUAAAUUAAUUAGGAGCUCCCAAAUAAGUUUACUCAGAUUAUAGACCAGAUUAAUAUUAAGUCUUGGGCUUGAUUUCAGUUAGAAUAGAUAGGGUUUGGUUUUCAUUUUCAGAAAGAAAAAAAAAAGUGUAUUUCGACUUCAAUGUAUGAAAUAAAGUUGAAAAGUUAGUAAUA